UUUGCCCAUGACCCCUUCUUCUUUGACCCUUCCCUAACCCUUCUUCUUCUUCACCUUAAUACACAUAAGAAAACAGACCCCUUGAACCAAGCCGUCACCUUCUUCUUCACAUCUAAGUCAGGCGCCGACCACGUCCCUGACAGGACCACCUAAAGCCGCCGACCCCUCCUCCUUUAGUCUAAAAAAACCAGCCAUCCACACCCCACCAAUUCUCCAACACCAUAGCUUCUUCAUCUCACACCCCAAGAGCAGAAGCCAUCGCUGCUCUCCUCCAAACCAACCAACCAACCAACUCCCUCUCAAAAACCAGAAGCCAUCAGCGACAAACCUUACCCCUCCGACCGUCUCCUCCAGCCGCACACCCGGCAGCCGCCGUCGCUCUUAAAACCAGCCCCGUGCGCCGCUGCCCGCUUCCAAACGGAACUCACAGAACCGGCGACCCUCAUCUCUUCGAAACCAGCUGCAGCGGCUACAAGAUCUCUUAAGCCUAAAAAACACACACACACACAUAGAAGAACAAAAAAAAAAAAAAAAACAGAGUGUGGAAAUAAAUACCAGAAAAUCAAACAAAAAAUAGGUUUCAAUCGUCUUCUUCCUGAUUCCGAUUUCUGUUUUAUUAUGGAACUCGUUUGAGUUUGUUGGUUUGAGUUUGUUGGUUCGAGUUCGACUAAGGUGCGGCUGUUCAAAGUCAGUUCGUCGUUCUCGUUCGAGUUUUCCCUGAUUACCUAUUGUCACUGUUUUCCGCCGGAACUCCAUAACCAUCACUGAAACAGAACCCCCAUCCAUUCGAGGUUUCUUUUGAGGAGGUUUGAGUCCGUCGCGAGGUGCUGUCCGAGGUUAAUGUCGUGAUUCUUGGUCCAGUUUUAGUCAGUUGUACUUGGUCGACCUUUCAUUUUGAUAGAUAUGUUGGUCACUCUGUACGACUCUUGCGUUCCCAAAUUUUGCGUCUGAAUAUUUGGCUACUUAGCUCUGUGUUUGAGUUUUCGCCAAACCAAAUUCACUGGUUCGAGCUUUGCGAUUAAGCUCUGUGUUGGAAUUUUUCGAAGUUUCUUUGUGUGCUUGCGUUCGUGGUAAUUUCGGUUCGAAUUCAGGGGUAUGUUUCGGUUAAGUUCUCGCCAGUCUUCGAAUAAUCUUUUGAAUUUGCUGCGUAAUUUGGCUUGAAGUUCUGCCAUCCAUCUGACUUUCAGAGGAGUUUCGACUCAACACUGAGAUAAUUCAAGAUUCAAAUGAAGCUGAAGAUAGUUUGGAGGAAAGUAUCUGAUUAUGUUCGAUAUGAUCUGAAGGAGAUUGCUUUUCCUUCAUCUUUACCGGAUCCUCCCCACAUCAAAAAACGUAGGAAACUAUCUUUGAAGGAGCGCUAUCUUGUGCUGAAGGAAGCAUCUAGACUUUAUGCUGCAAGCUGGGUGAGAGACAUUGGUCCAGAACUUCGGCCCAAUGAUUACAAAAAGAAGCGUGAGAUUGAAGACGAGUCAGACGAAGAAUAUGGUAGCAGAAAGCAGAAGGAACCGUCGACGUUAGAGGAUCUAGCUGUGGCUGCAAGAGGCGGAAUGGAGACACUACGACCAGCACUGCAACGAGUCUACAUGACAAGAGCUUCUGCAUAUAAAGAUGCACUUAAAAGUUUCAUACAAGGAUAUCAAGAAGGUAUUCAACAAACCAUGGAGAAAAAUAAAGACUCGAAAUCUUCUGAAGACACUGAUGCAUCCGGUUGGACCAGUUCCAAAGGACCAACUUGAGUUCCUACGGGAAAUUUGUGAGUUAUCUUUUGCAACGCCAGCUGCAAGAACUUGUACAGUGUCCUCCCUUGUUCUGUUGAGAUGCUCAUGUUAAUGAGUAUCACAAUCCCCCACCCCACCCCA